UUCAGUUGCACUAGUGACUAGGAACAUGGAAUAAGAUUGUAAACAUAUGCAUGUACUAUACUAGUGUUGUGAAAAAUCCACAGGAUGCAAAAUUAUGCAUCUUUGGGCCAGCAUCACUGCUAUCCUAACGUACUAGAAGCAAUAAAAGAGCAAAAUCAUAUACUAUGAGCAACUCAGGGACUCUCAUUGUCAAUAGGAACUUUCACAGCUAAAAAAAUAAUACAGUCCUCUCCCAAGUUUCGUGCUUGCUUCGUUCCAAGGGUAUAGCGCUAAACUCAAGGAUCGUGAAACUCGGGGUAUUGAAAACACUGAAAAAGCACUUAUUUGUUCCGACCCGUGAAGAUUACUUUUUUUUUCGACUUUAUUCCCUUGUUAUCUCAAAAUACGUACCUUGGUAAAAGGAAGAAAAUGGGAAGUGAGAACGGGUUGUUUUGAAGCCGCAGUUGAAGGCGGCUGCUUUACAGUUGGCUGCCACUGAUAGGAGCUCUAAAGCUAGUGCUAAAGCUGUUGCUGGAGUCGGACCCAUUAACCCUGCCUUGUUGCCUCUCUCACCGCCUCCCUCUCCGCCAUGCCGGCCGGCUUGCAGCCCACGUGGUCCGCCCGCUCCUCUCUGCUGCCCCUCGGCCUCCCCGCGCUCAGGGAGGCUUAAGCCAGCGAAGCACGACGGGAAGUUGGUAUGGGAGGCCCAGUUCAAGAUGCCAGCUGCUGCCCAGGGCUGGGGCGAGGAUGAGAAGGCGCUGCAGCUGACAACAGCGCUACGGGGCUCAGUGGACGGGCCCGGCCGCUUGGUGGGGAACGCCGAGAGGACCUUGGGGCGGCCUGACAUGCCGGCCGCUACACGACCCCAGGACGCGCCACAGAGGCUGUAUGGCGUCACGGGGCACUGCGUGCAGUCUGAGGGCCCAGUGGAGGCUCGUUUCGGCGUAGGCAGCGCUGUGGAGUGCGUGCUGGGCCUCGACUACCUGCCGCAGGGCGAGGCCUGUGCCGACCUUGAACGGGAGCUGGAGUGGCUGCGCGGACAGGCGCCUUUGCUCCCGAAGGUCGGCUGUGCAGAGGUAGUCGCGGCGGAGCGACUGCACCUUGCCCCGGGGACGGAGGCCAGGGUCCUGUGUUGCCGGUCGAACGCGAUGCCAGCGGAAGGCACGGUGGAGUCCACGGAGGGCCUGCAGCUGCCUGAUGGUGUGGCAGCCGGACGGAGUCUCGAAGGAGCGGGGGAGGAGUCAGUCACGGUGCUGGUGGCUAACUCCUCCGACGAGGCUCGGGAAGUACCCGCUGGUGCCAAGCUGGGCACUUGUGAGGAGGUGGAGCAACAAGAGGAGGAGUCGGGGAGCGCGGAGUCGGCCGCUGUGAGGCCGCUGCCCGACUUCCUGGAGGAUUCGGCGCACCGGAGCGCCGCUCACCUGACGGAGGCGCAGACGAAGGUGCGCCACACCCUGGCUCGGUGCGCGGACGUGUUCAGCGGGGGUGGAUUGGACCUGCUGGGCUGCACGGGGUUGGUGAAGCACAACAGCAGCACGGGAAAUGGUGCGCCCACCAGGAGCCCGCCCCGACGUGUCGUGCCGGCCAGGCGGGAGGAAUUGCAGCGCGCCGUCAACGAGCUGGCGGCGCAGGGGGUGAUGGAGCGGACAGACAGUCCGUGGCCCUCAGCAGACGAGACUGGCGAGGACUCUCACCCCCUGCCGUGGACCGACGACGCGCUGACGAGGGCCUUGGAGUUCGGGGCAUUGACGACGACCAGCGGCCUAGCGGCGGCCGCCCCGCCCUGCCAUGACCUCCGGGGCCGGAUGGCGAAGGUGAAGAUGAAGGCAGCGUCGAUGAAGACGAGCCCGGAGGGCCUCCGUGGUUCGUGCGGGGGUUGUGGCAAGAGGGGGCAUAGAUGCAGUCGGUGCCUGGGGGAGCGAAGGACGCGUUCCUUUGACCGGCCGAGCCCCGAUGCCCACCAGCCUCGCUGCAAGGACUGUGGCCAGUCUGGCCACCGCUCGAGCGCCUGCCCCAGGCCCAGGGACGCGGCGCGGGCGGGAAGCGCGGACGGGCUGGAGAAGGGAGCCGACUUCCAGCCGUCUCCCGCCCUCGGGCCCCGCCUUGAGUAAGCUGCCGCCGCCCGACCAGCGUGUUGCCAGUGGGAGGCUUAGCGGUUGUAGCCACGACGC